AUGGGAGCCUUCUUGGAUAAGGCAAGGGUCGAAAAGACCACUAGCAGCGGCUUUGGGAAUGGCUUACACUACGGAUUAUCCGCCAUGCAAGGCUGGAGAGUGGGUAUGGAAGAUGCCCAUACUGCGAUUGUCAGUUUACCCCAAAAUCGUGAAAUUUCAUUUUGGGGUGUUUUCGAUGGUCAUGCCGGUUCGGCAACGUCAGCCUAUUGCGCUAAAAAUUUACUAGACAACGUCUUGGCCAAUGUUGAUCAUCAUAGUAGUUCUACUACUGCUGACAGUCAAGACAAUGUUAGCACCACCAGCGAUACUGGUAGUAGUAAGAAUGGUCUUAGUGUAGAAAGUUUACAACGUGGCUUACGGACUGGUUUCUUAAAGUUAGAUGAGGUACUGUAUUCUUUACGGACUCUUCAAGAGCAAAAUAAUGCCAAUUAUAACGAAUCGGAAAGAAUUGAUAAAAGUGGCACUACGGCUGUGGUCGUUGUUGUAACCCCAACGCAUAUCAUUUUUGGCAAUUGUGGCGAUUCUCGUGGGAUAUUAUGCCGUAGUAAUGAAGUCAAUUUCGCUACUGAAGAUCAUAAACCGUUUAAACCUCGAGAGAGGCAACGUAUUGAACGAGCCGGCGGCUCUGUUGUUUUACAACGUGUCAAUGGUUCCUUAGCAGUAUCCAGAGCUUUAGGCGAUUUUGAGUACAAAUGUAAUAGCGAAUUGUCACAACUCGAUCAAUUGGUAUCGCCAGAGCCCGACGUGAUGUCCAUAGCUCGAGAUCCCAAAGACGAAUUUAUCGUAUUAGCAUGUGAUGGUAUAUGGGACGUCAUGAAUAAUACGGAUGUUGCCAAUUUUGUUCGAUCACGCUUGGCCAUCACCAAUGACUUGGAAGAAAUCUGUAAUGAAGUGUUGAAUACGUGCUUGGCAAAGGGUAGCAAGGACAAUAUGAGUAUCAUACUCAUUACCUUUGAUGGUGCUAUAACUGUGGACGAAAAUGCUAAAUUAAUGGAGCAAGAACUUGACAGGAAGAUAGUAAAAGAAGUAACAGAUAUACAUAACAGACUUGGCUCCAAUUGCAACUUGUACCAGGUGAUGACAGAAUUAUCCCAAGACGAUUCUCUGCGCCUACCUCCUGGAGGUGGCAUCGAAUGCAAGCAAUUACUUGUCGAGAAAACUUUGUCCCAGUUAACCGGAAAAGAGGAUUAUUGCCAUAAUGGACAUGAUUUGCUGAAAGCGAUAGUUAUUCUCAACAGGAAUUGUAGAAUAUCAAUUUGGCUGACUCACGAAAUGAACUUUUUAAUGGAUGUUAUCUAA